AACAUUAGUAUUUUAUUGUGAGAUUAAAAACCCUUGAGCGGAAGUGGAACCCCUUUCUACUUCCUUUUUGCAAGUGUCGGAGACUCGUGGAUGCGUAAAAAUGCCUCCACAAAAAGGACCGGUUCAGUCUGUUCAAGUGUAUGGCAGAAAGAAAACUGCAACAGCUGUAGCUCACUGUAAGCAUGGAAAUGGUCUAGUAAAAGUGAACGGACGCCCACUUGAUGAGUUGGAACCUCAGCUGCUCAGAGCAAAGCUUCAAGAGCCAAUUAUGCUUCUGGGUAAAGAAAGAUUUGCAGGCAUCGACAUCAGAGUGAGAGUUCGGGGUGGUGGCCAUGUCGCACAGAUCUAUGCUAUCAGACAAGCCAUCUCAAAAGCUGUUGUAGCAUAUUACCAGAAAUAUGUUGACGAGGCAACUAAGAAAGAGAUCAAGGACAUCCUGAUCCAGUACGACAGGACUCUGUUGGUUGCCGACCCAAGACGCUGCGAGCCCAAGAAGUUUGGUGGACCUGGAGCACGUGCCAGAUACCAGAAGUCCUACCGUUAAAAUGUGAAAAUAUCCAAAUAAAAAAACAAACAUUC